AUGUAUCCCCCCUUGUCCGCUUUGGCUCUUGCUGCCAGCCUGUUCUCCGUACAGCCGGCCCUGGUGGACGCUCUGUCAGCUCAGGACAUACCCUCCGACACGCCAAUCUCCUCCCUUCUCUCCUCGGCCCAGAUCCAUCUGGCAAAAGGAGAGACCGCAGAUGCUCUGGUAUACUACGAUGCUGCCGUUGCCCGCGAUCCCCACGACUACCUCACCUUCUUCAAGCGCGCCACCACCUACCUCUCCCUCGGCAGGACAUCUCAGGCUACCGAAGACUUCAACAAGGUCUUGUCCCUGAAGCCCGGCUUCGAGGGCGCCCAUGUUCAGCUGGGAAAGAUCAGAGCCAGAGGCGCCGACUGGGAUGGCGCGCGAGAGCAGUACAUGCUGGCCAGAAAGGGAAUUGGGUCCAAGGAGAUGGAUGAGUUAACUGAGGCACAGGGCGCGGCCUCUCUCGCCGAGACGGCAGAGCAGAACGGCAACUGGGACGAGUGUGUAAGCCAAGCCGGCGUCGCUAUCCGAGUUGCGACACGCUCCGUUGCUCUGCGAGAGCUGCGCUCGAGGUGUCGUUUUGCAAAGGGUGAGGUUGAGGAGGGCAUGGGCGACCUACACCACAUCCUAAACAUGAAGCCCGGCGACACCUCCCCUCACGUCAAGAUCUCAGCAAUCACUUUCUUCGCCCUGGGCGACUUGGCGAAUGGCAUGGCCCAGAUCAGGAAGUGCCUGCAUUCCGAUCCAGAAUCUAAACUCUGCAAGAAGGUGCUACGGCAGGAGAAGUCAAUUGAGAAAACCAUGGUCAAAGUCGACAAGGCAUUUAGCAAGAAUCAACCCAUGACGGGCACGCGCCUGCUGGUCCCGUCUGCCGACGACGAGGGGCUCAUCAAGGAGGUCAAAGAUCAGGUGCAGGCCUUCCGAGAGGACGGCACCAUCCCCCCCACUGCACCUAACGUCCUAGUCUCGAGGCUGGUUGAGUUGGCUUGUCAAGGUUACUAUGAGAUGAACAACAAGAAGAUGAAGGAUUAUUGUGUUGAGUCCCUUGCUCUGGAUGAAAACUCAUUCUACGGUCUCCUUUAUCAAUCCAAAUCCCAGCUGGACGCCGAAGAGUUCGAGGCAGCCAUCAACUCGCUGAAAAAGGCUGGCGAAGCACGGCCUGACAAGCAAGAUGUCAUAAAUCCUCUGAUGCAGAAGGCCCAGGUUGCUUUGAAGCGUAGUAAGACCAAGGACUAUUACAAGGUUCUUGGCGUCGCACACGAUGCGGACGAGAAACAGAUCAAGUCGGCAUAUCGAAAGCUGUCGAAGCAACACCACCCUGACAAGGCGGCAAAGCAGGGUCUCACCAAGGAAGACGCCGAGAAGAAAAUGGCAUCCAUCAAUGAGGCAUACGAGGUCUUGAGUGACCCAGAGCUCAGGGCCCGCUUCGACAGGGGCGAUGACCCCAAUUCUCACGAGCAACAGAACCCUUUCCAGGGUAGCCCAUUCGGCGGUGGCCAGCCAUUCAUGUUUCAGCAAGGUGGCCAGGGCCAGCAGUUCCAGUUUAAAUUCGGAUCUGGGGGUGGAUUCCCUGGCGGGUUUGGGUUUGGUGGGUAA